AUGCCCCACCCUGUGAGCCUCCUGCUCGUGCUCCUGGCCAGUGGGGCCGAGGCCUUUCGCAUCUGUGCCUUCAAUGCCCAGCGGCUGACCCUGGCCAAGGUGGCCAGGGAGCCUGUGAUGGACACAUUGGUGCGGAUCCUGGCUCGUUGCGACAUCAUGGUACUACAAGAAGUGGUAGAUUCCACCGGCAGCGCCAUUUCCCUCCUGCUUCGAGAACUCAACCGCUAUGAUGACUCUGGGCCCUAUAGCUCCUUGAGCAGUCCCUUGCUGGGGCGCAGCACAUACAUGGAGAAAUAUGUCUACAUCUAUCGCUCACACAAGACACAGGUCCUGGAGUCCUACGUGUACAACGAUCGGGAUGACCUGUUCGCCAGAGAGCCCUUUGUGGCCCAGUUCACCUUGCCCAGCAAGGCCCUCCCCAGCCUUGCGCUGGUCCCACUGCACACCACCCCGAAGGCUGUGGAGAACGAACUGAACGCCCUGUACGAUGUCUUCCUGGAUGCCUCCCAGCGCUGGCAGAGUGAGGAUGUGAUCCUACUUGGGGACUUCAACGCUGACUGCGCUUCGCUGACCAAGAAGCGGCUGGGCGAGCUAGUGCUGCGUACCAAGGAGGGUUUCCACUGGGCGAUUGCUGACGGGGAGGACACCACCGCGCGGACCAGCACCCACUGCGCCUACGACCGCAUCGUGCUGCACGGGGCUCGCUGCAAAGGCCUGUUUCACACCGCCACCGCCUUCAACUUCCCCCGGAGCUUCCAGCUCACAGAGGAGCAGGCCCUCAACAUCAGCGACCACUAUCCUGUGGAGGUGGAGUUGAACUGGGCCGCGCCGAGGGACCAGCCCUUCAGCCUGGCAGCUCUGCUGCUGCCCCCACUGCUGAUGCCCCUCCUGCCCCUUCAGUUGGGCCCGGCAGCCUGA